AUGCAAUUCAACGUCGUCGCACUUGCUCUCGCCACCAUGGCAACCGUCGCUUCAGCUGGAAGUAUCACCACAGUCUACGCCUGUGCCUCCACUGUCUCAACUGUCUCUGGUGUCGCUGCUCCCACUGGCGCCGCUUCUCCCACCGUUGCAUCAACUGGGGUUGCCUCAGCACCAACUCCCACUGGUAGCCCCAUCGCCUACGCUGGCGCUGCUUCCUUGAACGGUGUCUCCGCUUUCGGCAUCAUCGUUGCUGGCGGUGUUGCUCUUGUACGUUCUCCGGAAGGCUUUCAAUCUGAUCUCAAGCUUACAUAUCUACCAGUUCCUGUAAACAUCUCGUCCUCCCCUUUGAGGUUUGACGGUGUCACAUUCCAGCAUUUGCGAUCCGGUAUAUUUAAUAUGACUGUAACGACCUUUCGAUUCUUCAUGGCUGCGAGAUACCCUGUCAUCUGCACUGGCAAGUACGGAGUGGAUGUUAGGUGA